GCAGCAUGGCUUCUAAAGACUCAAAAUAUUGCAUACUGUUAAAAGAAAGAAAACUUUAGUGACUAACUCCUUUAGUUGUUGUUUUUUUCUUAAGUGCUAAUACAGUAGGGGGCGCCAUUUCCUUACACAAGAACCCCAGAUCCUAAUAUUUUAUAACGACAAAUUGUUUUUUUUUUUUUUUUUUUUUUUUUUAAUGUACAGCUGUACCACACAUGCAUCCUGAACAUUUGAGCUUUGGUGCUCCGAUGAGGAUACAGGUUUGAGUACAGCUUGCAUCCCAUCCACAUUUCCACCCUCUAAAAACUCCCCUCUGUGUUUUUAUUUCUAAAGAAAAGGGUUAAUAGCUCAUAAAAUUGCCUUAAAAAAUAUGAAUCAGAAAUUUGGUAACGUAACAUUUUUAACCCAGUAUGAAGUUGAACGUUUAUUAAAGAAUUAUGCAUUUGCAUUUAUUUAUAAUUCUUUAAAAAUAGUCAGAUAAAAUUUUAAUUAUGCGCUUUUUUUGACAAACCUAGAGAUUUUGUUGAAAUGGGUCCCUGUAUAGAAGCAGCACCCUGCCCUCAUCUCUCUAGCAACAACCACAUAAUGAAUGACCACUCUCUCCAUCGCUCUCCGUCUCUGACUCCACCCAGCUGCAGUGUUGUAUAAGUAGGGUCCUGAUCUUUCUCCUCAGUAAUUCUCUUCAGAUUCUUCCAGGAUUUUCGACCCCUGACCUCCGAGGAUGGAUAACGCCACAUACAGCUACGUGAACGACUGCACUCCGCUCACUAACUGUAAAUCCGGCCGAAAGGCUGGCGGCUCCACGGUGGUCAACAUGGGUCAAGCGGGCAAGAAGCCACCAAACGACUACCUGGUCUGGUCGCUCUGUAACACUCUUUACGUCAACUUCUGCUGCUUGGGAUUCAUGGCUCUGAUCUACUCCAUCAAGGCUCGAGAUCAGAAGACCUUGGGCGACAUGCGUGCAGCACAGGAAUGCUCGGACAAAGCGAAGUGGUACAACAUUCUGGCAUCGGGCUGGAAUCUGUUGAUUCCUCUGAUGGUGUUGGGUCUGCUGGUCUUGCUCGUGGUUCAUCUGGGAAGCUCAGAGGGAACGUUUGAUUUCUUCGGUGAAGACGGAUUCCAGAGCUUCAUGAAGCUCUUCAGCAGGUAGACAGAGCCACUCGAACAAUCCCACCACCAAAACCUCCUGCGAACCUUCUGGACUGUUCAACAUGAUAUUUUCUUUGGUUCUGUGAUGAAUUUAUUAUUAUUUAGAUUUUUUGUUUUUUUUCAUAAUUAAAAUCAAUGUAGUGUAUAUGAACUCAUAUCCACCCUACAAUUUUAUUUUAUUUUAGGAAGUAAACUGGCUCUGCUGUAUUUAAUAAAAUAUUUAAUUUCCUCAA